GCAUUAUGCACGACAGCGCUUGCCAACCGAAACAAACCCCAAAUUGCUUAUUCUACACAUUUUCAAUCGAAACAUUAGCGAGUGGGUUGCACUACGUUCAAUUGCGCUCAAUUAUUCACAAUUGAUCGCCCACACCUGCAGCACUGACGCAUUCGCGGAGUUGACAUCAAAACGGGCUUUUCUAGAAGGACGGGCGAUGAAAAUUGCGCCGCAGGGUUGAAGAUGGGAGUUUUUGCACAAAAUAGUUCUUGAUGAAAUCAUCUCCGUCCUCAUAUCAAAGCAGCUCAUGACCGAACUGAUGAAGCCCCAGGCAACCUACAGUCAUGAAGCCGUCCGUGACAUCAUCGAAGACGUCACCCAAUCCUCAAUGAUGCGCCUAGACCCCACCAGCAUGAACAAACUCUGGGACCUCAUAACCAUGGUAUUCAAAUGGCAAGUAACGGUUUCCGAAGACGUAAUCGCAAUCACCCUCCGCCACCUCUACGAAAUCGAGAACUACGUAACCAACCCGGAAACUCAACUGCAACUACACAAAGUCCAGAACCUCGUGGACAACUUCAACAAGAUCCUGUCAAACAAAGAGAAGAAAGAACUCAGAGACGACAUUCUGUACUGGCUGAAAGACAGCAACGUGAGGGUUUCGCUUUUACUCAGAAUGGGUCUGCAGAACAUGGAGGGGAUCUUCAUCACGGAGAAUCUCGACCCGCUGGCGGCGAAGAUGUUGAAGAACCUGGGGGAGAAUAUUUACUCGGUUACGCAGAAUGGGCGGAUUUUGGAGAAAAAUCAGAAUCGGUCUGAACCGGAAGUGAACGAGUUGAAGUUGUUUGUUGACCAGAUUUUGGGGGAGAGGAAGAUGGGGUCGGGGAAUGAUAAUAGGAAAAUGUUGAGGUUGGCGAUUAAUGACCAGAAUGGUAACAAUAAUGAAGAAGAAACGAAAAAGGGGUUUGAUAGUAUUGAUGUCAAUACUGACGAUAAUCAGGUGCAGGAAAUGAUGAAGGAUAUGGUGGUGGGUGAUAAGGAGGAUGGAUCGUUGAGGGAUGACUUGUUGGCUAUGAUUGGAGGAGAAGACUUAAAUGAAAAUAAACAGCUUUAGUUUCUCCUUGACAUAUGCAACAUUUGCACCCCCAGUGAUGACGAC